CCGGUCCGCCCAAGAACCGACGUCACUGCAAUGAUCCUUGCUAUCCGACCUCCGUAUCACCUAAUAAUACCUUCCGAGCAGCGCGGUCUGGAUAUACGCGACAUUAUUUAGACUGCGCGUACCUGGUCAAUCUAGAGUUCAUUCCACCGCCGGUGGAGCAGUCGCGAUGGAGACUCUCAAGUCACUGUUUGUGAAGCCGGAUCCGCAGGCACAGAUGCGAAAAUGUAACGCCAUGAUCCGCCAAAACAUCCGCAAGCUCGACCGCGACAUCGCCCAGGUCAAGCAGGUCGAGACAAAGACCAAGAACCUGAUCGUGGCCGCUGACAAGCGCGCCGCUCGCAACCCCGCCCAGGCUGCCCAGGCUCAGAAGGAGGUGCGGGCGUUUGCCCGCGAGCUCGUCCGCGCCCGCAAGACGUCGGCCCGCCUCGUCACGUCCAAGGCCCAGCUUUCGAGCGUCCAGAUGCAGGUCAACGAGGCCUUUGCAGUGCGCAAGAUCGAGGGCAGCAUACGCGCCUCGGUUGGCGUCAUGCGCGAGGUCAACUCACUGGUCCGUCUUCCCGAGCUGGCCGGCACCAUGCAGCAGCUUUCGGUCGAGCUGAUGAAGGCGGGCAUCAUCGAGGAGAUGGUGCAGGAGUCCUUCCCCGAGGCGGACGCCCUGGCAGAGUACGAGGAGGAGGCCGGAGAGGGCGAGGUCGACAAGGUCCUGGGCGAGAUAUUAAAAGACAAGACCGAAACCACUGGCAAGCUGCCCACGGCACCGGUGUCCCAGGAACCAAUCCCCGCAAAGGCCCAGGAGGAUGAGGAGGAGGAGGAAGACACGCAGGCCAUGAUGGACCAGAUGCGGAACAGGCUAGAGGCAUUGCGGAGCUGAUGGUCUACUACCCCAGGCCCGGGGCAUAUGAUUUUGGUCUUUUUUCUUCUGUCACUCGCAUACGCACGCUUUUUUUUUUGUACGACAUGAUCACUGUUUGCACCGAAGAAACCGCCCUAGUUGGGCAUGUAAAGCUGGAGUUUAGGAGUCGGAGGUCUGUCGUUUCCAUGGUUACAAUUUUCUUGUAUACAUCCCGACACAGCUCGAGACUAUAGAGUAUUUACACGGAACGUGUUGACUGCAAAAUACACGCAGGUAUCGGGUCUCGACAAGGGCGUGUAUUGUGUUUUUUUUGGUUGUAACCGCACGAUACUUUGCUCGCGAAAAGAUUAUGACUGAGAAGCAAGCCACCGUGUAAUGAAGUAAGUACGGAGUAUAGGGUGAAGAGCAGCCGCGAUUGUCGAUGAGUCUAAAAGGGGUUGGGUCUUGAAAUUCAGGAUUGGGAUUGGACGAGGGAAUAGGACCGGUGAAAAAAGAACUGGCCACUAUUUUUCAAUAUCUGGGGAACACAUUCAGCGCUGGAUAGACUCAACAAGGUAGACGCCACAAUAAUAUCAACAAACCUUGCCAGG